GAUCCCCUGCUUCUCCAAAACCCCACUUUCCUGUUUCUCCUCCUCCUCUUGGUUCCCACAUCUCGGCUUCUUCUCUUUAUGAAAACUCUCCAAAUGCUUUUUUUCAUCUUUCAAGAGAUUCUGCUCAAAAAUAUCAGUCACCACCACCCUUUUAA